AUGGGUGCCUACAAGUAUCUCGAAGAACUUUACAAGAAGAAGCAGUCUGAUGUACUUUGUUUCUUACAUCGUGUUAGGUGUUGGGAAUACAGACAAUUAAAUGUCAUUCAUCGAGCUUCUCGCCCAUCUCGACCUGAUAAAGCUCGUAGGUUGGGUUACAAGGCCAAACAAGGUUAUGUUGUUUAUAGAAUCCGCGUUCGUCGUGGUGGCCGUAAGAGACCAGUACCAAAAGGUGCUACUUAUGGUAAACCCGUAAACCAGGGUGUAAAUCAACUUAAAUAUCAACGUUCUCUCAGAGCAACAGCUGAAGAACGUGUUGGUCGUAAAUGUAGCAAUUUACGUGUUUUGAAUUCAUACUGGAUUAAUCAGGAUUCUACUUAUAAAUACUUUGAAGUUAUCCUUGUUGAUCCUAAUCAUAAGGCUAUUCGCCGUGAUCCUAGAAUUAGUUGGAUUGUAUCUGCUAAACAUAAACAUCGUGAAGCUCGUGCUCUUACUAGUAUCGGUAAGAAAAAUCGUGGUAUUGGAAAAGGAAGUCGUUACAACAAGACGAAAGGUGGUGGUCGUUAUUCCAAUUGGCGCAGACGCAACACACUUUCUCUUCGUCGUUAUCGUUAA